UGUUGUACAUAACUUUUUUUUCGAGGGCAGCUUUUGAAAUCGAGUUCUGGCGCCAUUGCCACUCCUCACUCCUUCACAACCCACCAAGAGAAAAGUCAAUUCCGAUGUUAUUCUUCUCUCCAAAACCCUAACCAUUAAACUGGAAUGAGGAAUUUCUUCAAAAGUUUCUGAAGAAACAUUAGAAAGGACCAAAAACCCUAGAUUUAACAAGCCAAUAUGGAGUACCAAAAGAAGGUGGUAUGCCCGGAGAACGAAGAGUUGGCAGCGUACAUGUGGAACAAGAAGCAAGAAAUGGCUGAAAACCCCAAAGGGAUUUCGGAUAAUAUCUUAAAAACUCUUCACAAAGCCUAUACCAAUCUCUGCAAUUCCAAGACCCCUAUUAAGACUCUCAAAGAGUUUUCUGAGAUCAAGGGUGUUGGAAAAUGGAUUUUGAGGCAAAUGAAAGGUUUUUUUGAAGCUGAUGAUCCUGGUGCUUCAUCAUCCGAGGAGAGUGAUAACUCCGGUGAGAAAGGGAAGAGAAAUAAGGGAACAAAGCGUUACAUGCCUCAAAAGAAUUCUGUGGCCUAUGCCUUACUGAUCACACUGUACAGGUGUACAACAAACGGUGAAAAAUUUAUGCAUAAGCAGGAGCUUAUUGAUGCUACUGAAGCUAGUGGUCUUUCUCGUGCACCUGUUGGACCUGAGAAAGGAAAAGGAAAAGCUGGACAAUUUGGCUCGCCAAGGGACUGGUACAGCGGAUGGAGCUGCAUGGGGAAGUUAAUAGACAAAGGACUUGUUGCUAAGUCUAGCUGCCCUGCAAAAUAUAUGCUCACUGAAGCAGGCAAAGAGAUUGCACGGGAAUGUCUUUUGAGGUCAGGAAUUGUUGAUUCCAAAGAAAUAUCGGCAUCUUUGACAGGAUUUUCAGAUUUGGAUCAAAAUGACAAGCUAGAUAAGACUUUGUCAACUAUUAACUUAUCAAGUACCGAAGUUCGACAUACUACUUCAGUGAGAAAAAGGCCAGUGCCAUCAUCUCAAUCGACUGGCAAAAAGAAAAUGAACAUUCCAUCUGAAUCUCUUGACAGGUUUAUUCGAAUGGGCUUCUCCAAGGAACAAGUAAUUCGGGCUUACUCUGAAGUGUUAGAAACAUCACAGAGCAAAGAUAUAUCAUUAAUCUGGCCGUCUGUUCUGUGUCGCCUUCGCGAAGAUCAAGUUUAUGGUCAAGUUGGUACCUGUAGAAUUGAUGAUAGACUAUCCGAGACUACUUGCAAUGGAACAGUAAAUAGUGCAAAGCCUUCUCAUCUUGCUGAUUUUGCAGAUUGUUCGAAUACUUUGAGAGCUUGUUCAUCCAAUCUAGUUGAUGAGCAAUUACCAUGUCUGGAAACUAGAUCCAAUCUCUUGGUGGCGCCGCCAUUGGCCUAUGGAGAGCAAUUUGAAGAUGUUUAUGAAGUAGUUUUGGUAUUAGAUGAUCGGGAACAGUUUACUUCUCGAGGGUCGCGUUCCAGGAAGAUAAUUGAAAACAUCAGCACGCAAUUUAAAAUUGAAAUAGAGGUUAGGCGCUUGCCUGUUGGUGAUGCAAUCUGGAUAGCUCGUAACAAAGUUAUUGGCACUGAAUACGUUCUUGACUUUAUUGUGGAGAGGAAGAAUGUUGAAGAUUUGCAAAGUUCAAUCAGGGAUAACCGAUAUAGAGAUCAGAAGCUGCGGAUUUUGAGGUGUGGACUCAAGAAGAUGAUGUAUGUCGUUGAAGGAGAUCCAAAUUCUUGUACUGCUGCCGAUAGCAUCAAAACAGCUUGUUUCACAACCGAGAUCUUGGAGGGCUUUGAUGUGCUAAGAACAAGUGGUUUGGGAGAGACAUUGAGAAAGUACGGCUGUCUUACUCAAGCAAUCAAUCAGUACUACAAAUGCAUGGAUAACAAGCGGUCCAAUACCAGGCUGUGCCCCUGCUUUAAUGAGUUUAUUAGGAGGUGUGAGGAUCUCGAUAAAAUGACAGUAAGCGAUGUGUUUGCCACCCAACUCAUGCAGGUCCCACAAGUGACAGAGGAAGUUGCUAUUGCUGUUCUUGAUAUGUAUCCAACACUUUCAUCUCUUGCGCGUGCUUACUCGUUGCUUGAUGGCGAUGUUCGUGCGCAAGAGGAAAUGCUCAAGGAGCAGAGCAACAACUUAGUCAAUGCAACUGCUAGCAAAAAGAUUUUCGAGUUGAUUUGGAGCAAUUGAUGGCAUUUUACAAGAUUAGUAGAUGCCAGGAUAGUAGACUAAUAUUGUGUAUAUUUUAUUUGGUCCGUUGUUUGUGUAUAUAUACGAAAUUCUAGCUGAUAUACAUUGUAUACAGAUGGGUACUGGCUACUUCCAAUUUUGGUUAGAUCUGUGACAGCAGUGAUUUGCUGGAAUCACUGCUUUAUUGAUGUGGUUAAAUCAACUAGUCCUGAAUAUCAAGGCUUUUCUUGUUCUGUUGCGAUC